UGGGCUGGUAGAAAGCAGGAUGUGGUACAGCACUGCAAAGGGAAGCAUGCUGGUCACAGCCUGAUGUGUUUCCCGUAACUGUGUAUUUUGCAUUGUUGUUGGUUUUUCAUGCUUGGACGGUAGAUGUAGGGGAGUUACACAGGUUGGAAGCAAACAGCUCAACCUGUAAGCACAGGUUGUGGUGCUGAAGUUGAGUGCUGCAGUGACUGGCAGGAGAGCAAGGAGCGCUGAGUGCUGCUGGCAUGUUGCUCCUACCCUGCUGGGGGGACUCUCUAGUUGGCCUGGACCAUGAGCAAUGAGUCUACCGUCUGGAACAUCCUACCAGAAAACUCCACAGAGAUCCCGUUCGUGGCCGAGGAGCAGCAGGAUGGCUACGUGCUCCUCCUGGUGAUCCUCUCCGUCUUCCUGGUAGGAACAGUGAUCUUCAUCACCGUCUUCCUCAUCGCCUACCGUCGCUGCUGUCGAGGAGGGCCAUGCUUAGCCAGCGCCAGCGAUGACCCCGAGAAAACCAACACCACCUACGUGGAGGAGUCUCAGCCCACCCAUGAAAUCACCAUCAGGGUGGAUGAGUCCGACUGCCUGUCAAUGGCCAGCUCUCGCAACCAGGAGACCGAGCGCUUCCUCUCCACGGGCACCAUGGGCCGUCGCGUCUCCUUCAACGAGGCUGCGCUCUUCGAUCACGGCAAGAAGGCCCAGGAGAAGGAGAAGGGCCGCAGGUACACUCUGACCGAGGGCGACUUUCACCACCUGAAGAACGCCCGGCUCACACACCUCCACAUCCCUCCCCCGGGCCUCAAGAUAGUCACUAUCCACGAGUGUGACUCGGCUGAGAACAGCAUCACCAUGACGGCGCGCCCUGUCACCAAGUCGGCCCUUUCCAUCUUCCAGCCGAUGCUGUGCCCUCUACCACAAACAGCGUUGACCAGCCUGAGUGUCAAUCCCAGCUGUGCCCUCCCUGGAGAUGCUCUCAACUCUGUGGUGGACACCGGCUUCAGUGGGAACACUAUUGCUCUCGGCACUAAAGAGCCAAUCUCCAGCUCUAUCGAGAUGAUGGGAGCGGGGCCCCGGGGCAGAGGCAGCAGCAUCAGUGUCGGAGAAGGGGCCGCGGUGAGGAGCGGCGGUGCCCCUCAUGCUGGCGGCGGCGCAGGAAGCCAGGGGCCCGUGCUGCAGUUCUUCACUAAACUGCGGCGCCAUGCUAGCCUGGAGGGGGCCAGUCCCUACUUCAAGAUCAAGAAAUGGAAGCUGGACAGCAGCCAGAGAGCCUCCAGUCUGGACACCAGAGGCUCUCCGACGAGGAGGCAGUUCCAGCGGCAGCGAGCCGCCAGCGAGAGCAUGGACCAGGACGACAACGACGCCCGCCACAUAGACCUCAUCCAGUACUUCGCCCGCACCCAGGACACGGCCUACUGUCCCAGCCACCCAUCGACACGCCUCCUCUCGACUCCUUCCACCCCACCCCCCUCCCUCGGCAGGGUAGAGGUAGAGGUGAUGGUGGAGCCCAGCUGCAGCCAUGGAGGACCAGGGGUGAUUGGCCUGUCCCCUGAUCCCCAAGACGAAGCACUCUCCCUGGCAAGAAGGGACGGUGCAGACCCCCCAGAUCCCCAGGACCCCCAUACACUUUACCAAGACCUAUGGAGCCUUCGUGCGACACUGGAACAAUACGCCGCCUCUGACCAGAGCAGCAACAAUGACAGGAACUCCGUCUGCAGUGAUGCUGAGAGUGUGUGUUCGCUGGGCGGGUGCAAGGAGACGGAAAGAGGAGGGCUCCCUAGCUACCAGUCCCAGGAUUUAGGGGACGAGGCAGAGGGUGGAGAGGAUGACAAGGACAUUUCGAUGUAUAUGGAUGAGAGGUUGCAGGCGAAGGAGGGAAGAAAGAGGAAACAGGAAAGCACUGAAUCAGAGCGAGGGGGCAGCGACGCAGAAACGGGGACUCGUAAAUUGCUGCAGAUGGACAGCGGCUACGCGUCGAUAGACGCUCCAUCUCGCGGUCCAGAAGACCUGCGACUGUUUGGGAGCGGCAGCGGCAGCCCUAAGGACAGAACUGCCCACGAAAAACGGCACCACUUUACCAACACGGGGCGAACCGGCACUAUCGAGAGCUUUGAGUCUCAUUUCCUUGAGGAGGAGCUGGAGGACGAAUUGCUGUUGGGCGCCAGCGGAGGAGUUUCCAUAGAAACAGGUGCUGGUUCCCUGAGCUGGGUCCCAUACGGUCAGAUGCUCACACCUCGAGAGGCCGCGCAGCCUUCGCCUCAACCGCUGGCUCUGCACCGGCGAGACUACAGCAUAGACGAGAAGACGGACGCCCUCUUCCACGAGUUUCUCCGCCACGACCCUCAGUUCGACCAGCAGGAGUCACCGCUGAAGAAGCACCGGUCCAGAAUCCACCUCCGCAAGCAGUGGCAGCGCCACAAGCAGUGGAGCGACCCGGGUGUCAGGCACUUCCAGUCCUCUUUCGACCGACUCCGGGCCCCGCUCAGGAGGGGUGAGAGUGUGAACUACCCGCUGGACACAAGCUACCACAGCACACUCCCCCGCAUCGUCAGCGCUCCCGACGAGGAGACCAGCGAGGGGACCGGCAGCACUCCCGACACUCCAAAGGUAGAGCCAACCACCGCUAAGACCGGGGGCGAGGACGGGGAGCAGGGUGUCUCUGUCAGAGACGCUGAGGACAACACCUCCUCUUCCCCACUACAUCUUCAUCCCUCCGGUGAGCACCUCGACCCUCAGGAGGACAGCAGACAACCUGCACUCCCUCCCGAGCCCCCGGACGAGCGCUCGCCCCCUCAGCCGCCCGACUCCUCGGGCUACGGCCCUCAGACCAUCACAGCAGAGCUCACAGACAAACUGACUGCUAACCUGGAUGACAGGCUGUACACGGGCCUCCGCAGGACCAAGGACACAGAUGCUGAGUGCGUGACGGUGACGGCCGCACGCGCCUCUCCGGACCACAGCCCAGUGUAGCAGGGCUCCAGUCGUCCUCCUCGUCACCCUCACUCCUGCUGAUACACACUUUCCUUUCUGUUCGAUUUGUCUCGCCUCGGUUGUAUCGUCUCUCUGUGUGCAGCUUGAAUGGUGUUUUGAAUUGGAGGCGUGCUUUAAAUCAUCUUACUAGAUGGUCCACUAGAAACGCAGCUAGCCUCUCCUCGUGCCGUUACAAAGCUGUUCAAUGUUGCCAUUUUGCAUUUUUCAUUGAGGAAGAAAGAUCCAAUGCAAGAUAAUAGACCAACAGAGCUAACAUAUCAAAAAAUGAUAUGCUUUUUGUAAUAAUUGCUUCCUCAAUAAUUGUUUCUGUGUCUGUAGUCUAUGUCCAUCUCUGCCUUCCUGUCUCUGCUCUCCAGUUUGAAUAACUGAAGCCAAUAUGGCCUCGGUGCUUGUUGAUCCACUGUGAAACAAGGUGCUAUUAGAUGAGUGGAAAGCUUCAGAUCCGGACGCAACAGCGAGUCCUUUGAUCAUGCAUUAGUGGAAAAUAAGUAGUUUUCUCACUAUUAAUGAGCUACAAAAUGAUCUAAAAUACCUGACUAGUUAAUCAAAGCCUUGGAAGGCAAAUUUAAAGGGACAGUUCACCCCCAAAUGAAAACGACGUAUGCGUCUUAACUGUUGUGCUAUUUAUCCGUCUGGAUUGUUUUGGUGUGAGUUGCCGUGUGUCGGAAACAACGAGCCUCUCGUCCAUGAGUAGAGGCACGCUUCCCCUCUGCACUGUGAUGCGGUUGCUGGGUGUAGUUCAGAAGAAAGAAAAUAGUUCCUACAUGCAACUUCUCACAACGGUUUUUGGGGGAACCGUCCUUUUAAUAAGUCGUUCACACUGGUUGUUUAGAUCAGUAGUUCCCAACCUGUGGGGGUCCCAAGAGAAGUCUGAGAUGAUUAAAGUGAUUUAUGUUUUUAUUACAAGCAGUUAUGUUUGGUUUGGUUGUGUCCUUGGACCCCGUAUAGCUACGUCAAUCUCAUCCAUGCUUGUUGCCAUCUUUUGGCAAUUUUUAUGCCAUUUUUCCUGAAUGUAGCUCUGCAGGAAAGUGACGUCCCAGUUCUUAAUCACUAAAAAAACCUCUGAUUGGUGGAUUGUUUUUCCAAUUGUUGGAGGCCUUUAAGUCAUUAGCAGCCAGGAAACAAUAUAAAAACAAAUUUCUUCUUUCUUUUGUUCGUAUCCACGAUUUGUUCUUAUUUUGUCAGCCCUCGUUGAUAUCUGGGAUUCACCAAUGUUUGAUAAGUUUAGCUUUUCUCUUAACUAAAAGCUAAUUAUACAAUCGGUCGAGAGCACCAAGAUAAGAAAAAAAAGAUCUUAUUUUCACAGUCCACAAAUUGUUUGUUUCAAUCGCAGGGACACACAAGUCUUAAAUUUCAGGACCACAAAAAAAACAUAAUGGAAUAAUAAUUAAAUUAUUAUUAUAAAAUUUCUGGGCUAAAGAAAUAUUAUUGGUCCAUUGAUCCUGAUUUAGACAAUAAAAACCCCUUGGACGAUAUUGCGUGCGUUCAGCUUCUAAAUUGCUUAGAAGUCUUUGAUGCUACAAUUAAGAGAGAUUUAAGAGAGUGUUGCUGCAUUAGGCCCAUACAGUGCUGCAGCAAUGACGUAUUUUUGUAGGCCACAGCCAAAUGCUGACUCAUUUCUGGGUUUUAGGACUCGAUUUUAAGGGGCCACAAGCCAAAAAGGUUGGGAGCCACUGGUUGAGAUAGUUGGGACAUGAAUGAAGCGUUAGCAAAGGCCAGAAAAGUUAUAAUUACGUGAUCUCUUAAAAAGGAAGCUAUCCUUUGAUUGUCCUCAUUCAGUGUCUGACUGGUCGUUUCUUGUUUUUAUUCGACUGAAAAAUGCUUCUCAGCUAUGUGACAACUGUGUUGUUUAUUUUUUAAUUAGCUUGUUUAACCAGUUUUUUAAAAAUAUUUUUGUACGUCUGCAUUGCUGAAAUGACAAUGAAAUGUGGGAGUGUGGCAGGUUUGAAGAGGACAGGCUCAGAACUAUCAGACCAGGCAGCCACUCUGGUGUCAUGACUCUUCAUCAGUCACAGAUAUGACGAUAAUCUCCAUAAACUACGACUCUUUGUACUCUGGGCAUCACCGACAUUGACCUCUGACCUAAUAGGCGGAACACACUCAGUCCUGUGCACAAGUUCACAGCCACGAGGUGGGCAGUUACAUUAAAGCUAUGAGACGAGAUAACUGCCCUCACAGAUGUUUGGUGUUUAUUGAAUUUAUAAGAGAGGCAUGCUUUCUUGUGCAUGAGGGCUCUGAGAACAGGCUUUAUUUGUCCGCAUCUGACAUUCUCCUCUUCCUCUCCGUCUCCUGAGAAAGUUGACAGUGCAGUAGAUGCCUCCCUCGGGGGGCCGAGGGCUCCGCUUCCUGUCGGCUUAUAAAACCAGACCGAACAAAGACGUUGUUUGUAGUUAAGCCCACUUAUUUUUUUUUCUGCCUCUUGUUCGGCUUCAAACAAACCGCUGCUGCCGUUCAAAUGAAACCCGGACAGCAGAUUAUGUCCUGUGGGCGAAGAAAGACAGAAUUACAUUUUUUGCUCGCAAGAUCUCUGCUUUUUACGUCGUCAGCAGCAGCAGGUUGAUUGUAACCCAGUCACGCUCAUAAGGUCUCAUUCUCAGAGGGGCUGUUGGGCUUUUCCGUCUCUCCCACGUGCAGUGAGGGAAGCCACUGCACAAGAUGGUGUUGAAUAUUAAUCGUGAGGAGAAGGAUUUCCGCCUUUCAUCCCCCGUCUCCCUAUCCUCAUUCUUUUGAGGCUAUUACCUCGCAGUAAAUUGAAAUCCCUGAAUAGAAAAUGAAGGGGGUUAACAAACGUUAUCCUCCUCUCUUUGUUUGGGUGUGAUGAUGAUUUCCCAGAUUAGGUCUCUCUCCGCCGCGUGACAGGAGUCUCUUCUUGUGGAUAAGUGCAGAUGCUGCGUUCCUCAUUAGGAGAGCAAGGACAUGAGAUAAAAGGGGGUGAACUCAAAUAAGGAGUAGAGAAGGAAGCAUUCUGUAUUUGUAUUUCUUUGUUAUCCUUUCUUUCACACAGGGCCCAAUCACAAUAAUCCACCGUGAAGAAACACUAUGUGCUCGACUUUUUCUUUUUAAGACGGCGAUAAUCAGCAGAAAGGAAAUGAAAUCCUCCCCUCUCAGUUAUAAUGACUAAUUACUCUGCAAAUGCUGACAGGGCUGGACAAAAGGGAAGACGGCUGCGUUCCCCACAGAUCAAACGUCUUGAGUCAGUAUACGAGAUGACAACAGCAACAACCUAAAGAGAAAUUGCCACAAAAGGUUGCUUUUCCAUACACGUGUACAAAGAUUAAACUUUGCUGUGUAUACAAGCACAAUGUCACAAGAGCUAGACUAAAUGGACGUCCUCUUUUAGGUUUAGACAGAUGCUGUACAACUGGGGACACUGUGGUAAAAAUAAUGGUGUUUGCAUACUAACCAUGUAGCCUGUCAAAUGCAUUGAUGCAUAGCUGUGUGUAGGUCUGCAUGAGAGUUAACAUUUUAGUACAAAAUCUUCAUGUUUUCUCAGAAUUGCGGUGCAAAAUUGAUGCAUAGUUACUGCUCAUUUGUUAAAUGCAGAAGUCGAAACGUUGGUACGACUAGAGGUUUUUGUACUUUUAAGAGUCGUGCUAGGAUGCUGUGAUGAGAUUUUGUGAGAUUUAUCCCUUUUAAAGUAGUAUUUCUGUAUUCCUUGCUUGUUAGUAAACCGCUUAAUUUCUCAAAGGAAAAAAAAAAGACGAGCUUUCUUUAUGACUUUGCUUUUGUUGAUCCAAAUCAAUUGAGCCUUGAGGGACCAAAUUAUCAAAAAAAAAAAAGGUGUUAUUUUAGGGUUGUUUUCCAAUCUGUGAAUAAAUGAAUGAAGCUAAAA